UCGUGGAAGGCCGGAGCGGUGCACAUUGUUUCAAAGAUGAAAGCGACCUUAUCAGCAUUAGAUACUUCUCAAAGUUCUUUCACGCCUUUGGCAGUCAUAGAACUUGCUCAGGAUGUUAAAGAAGAAACCAAAGAAUGGCUGAAAAACAGAAUUAUUGCUAAAAAGAAAGAUGGAGGUGCUCAACUAUUGUUUAGGCCCUUGUUAAAUAAGUAUGAGAAAGAAACACUUGAACAUCAGAAUUUGUAUCUUGUUGGUGCCACUAAUACUAGAUUAUUAUUUGGGGCAGAAAGCUCUGGACUGGUAAAAGAAUGCAAUGACUGUUCCAUGAGAGCCUUCACCUAUGGAACCCGGCAUAAACUUUAAAGGUUGUUUGAUGAUAACAAUGAUGAUUUCCUCUCAAUGGCAGAACGUCAAUUUAUUAUCAGAUAUGAACUUGAAAAUCUUAGAGCCAGAGAGGAAAAAAUGAUCCCUGGUUAUCCCAAGGCAAAGCUGUAUCCAGGAAAAUCAUUAUUGAGAAGAUUGCUCACCUCUCGCAUCAUGAUUCAGGUGUUUCCACUUCAUGAUAACGAGGCCCUGAAGAAACUUGAAGACACCUGGUAUAAUCGGUUUUUGAAGUAUCAGCCGAUAGAUAACAUUCGUGGCUACUUUGGGGAAACCAUUGCUCUUUACUUUGGAUUCUUGGAAUAUUUCACUUUUGCCUUAAUCCCCAUGGCAAUUAUUGGGUUGCCAUACUACUUGUUCGCGUGGGAAGACUAUGAUAAGUAUGUGAUCUUCGCCUCAUUCAACCUAAUCUGGUCCACGGUGAUCCUAGAGGUGUGGAAGCGUAGCUGUGCCCGCAUGACCUACAAGUGGGGAACAUUGAUCAUGAAGAGACAGUUUGAGGAGCCCCGGCCUGGCUAUCAUGGGGUCCUAGGGAUCAAUCCAGUCACAGGCAGGUCGGAGCCUCUCUACUCCAGCUACAAGAGACAGUUGCGCAUUUACCUGGUCUCCAUGCCCUUUGUGUGCCUCUGUCUCUAUUUCUCUCUCUACGUCAUGAUGAUUUACUUUGACAUGGAGACCUGGGCUAUGGAUGUGCAUGAAAGCAAUGGAUCCAUGUGGAGCAGUAUCUUGUUGUAUGUGCCCAGCAUCAUUUAUGCCAUUGUAAUCGAGAUCAUGAACUGGCUGUAUCGCUAUGCUGCUGAAUUUUUAACUUCAUGGGAAAAUCAUCGAUUAGAAUCUUCUUACCAGAAUCAUCUCAUUCUGAAAGUUCUAGUGUUCAACUUUCUAAAUUGCUUUGCCUCACUUUUCUACAUUGCCUUUGUCCUGAAUGAUAUGAAGCUUUUACGUCAGAGUCUGGCCACUCUCCUGAUUACCUCUCAGAUCAUUAACCAAGUCGCAGAAUCUUUUCUUCCUUACUGGAUCCAAAAGGCACACAAUGUAUACGUGAAGAAGAAGAUCCAGGCCUUGAAGGCUGACAUGGAUGCUACCUUGUAUGAACAGGUUGUCCUAGAAAAAGAAAUGGGAACUUAUUUGGGCACAUUUGAUGAUUACUUGGAGUUAUUUCUGCAGUUUGGAUAUGUGAGCCUCUUCUCCUGUGUUUACCCAUUAGCAGCUGCUUUUGCUGUGCUAAACAAUUUCACUGAAAUUAACUCAGAUGCCUUAAAAAUGUGCAGAGUCUUCAAACGUCCGUUUUCAGAACCUUCUUCCAGUAUCGGUGUAUGGCAGUUGGCAUUUGAAGCAAUGAGUGUUAUAUCUGUGGUCACUAAUUGUGCUCUGAUUGGAAUGUCACCGCAAGUGAACGCCCUUUUGCCUGAGUCAAAGAUAGAACUCAUUUUGAUUGUAGUAGCCGUGGAGCAUGCAAUCCUGGCUUUAAAGUUCAUCCUUGCAUUUGCCAUUCCUGACAGACCACGGGAUAUCCAGGUGAAACUGGCCCGAUUGGAAUUUGAGUCAUUGGAGGCACUUAAGCAGCAGCAAAUGAAGCUUGUGCCUGAGAGCCUGAAGGAGGAUUCGAGGGAAGACACAAACGAAGAGGCAUGAGGACAGGCCACUGGGAGCCUGGAGCAGGCCCACUGCUGGCCUGAUGAAGUGCCCUGAGCCCUCACCUCUUUCUACUGUGAACCUCUAGUGGAUGAGGAGAGGACCAGAGUCUUUGUCCUGCCUUUCACCUUCCAGCAUGAUCUGAGGGAUCCCCUCAUACCACCACCGCAGCUGCCUGACUGCUCCAGACCCCCUGCACAUCUAUCCCUACACAGAAGACUCUCCAGCUCUCCUGUGGCCCCUCUCUGGGUGGGUCUACCUCACCCCACCACCAGUUGCCCAGAGACCCUCUAGGUAGGAUGGCAGGUGAAUGGGGGUCAGCCAUUCUGAAGGGCUUCUGCCCAUCUUGGAUGGGAAUGGGGCCAUUUCGAAGCCUGACAGCACUGCACUGGCUUCAUAGGUUCUGUAUGGCAAUAAAACUAUUAUUAAAGGACA